CCGCCGUUCGCCAUCUUAACAUGGGGCACUCCGGACGGCAGCCCAUUCGAGUGAAGCCUCUCGGCCUUCCUGGUUGAGGGCGGAAGUGAGCGAUGCGUGGUGCCGGCGGCGCCUAAAGAUCAGAGACUCGUGUGGGAGCGGCGCUCAUCAUGCUCCGUCGGGAGGCUCGCCUGCGCCGGGAGUACCUGUACCGCAAGGCCCGGGAGGAUGCGCAGCGGUCGGUUCAGGAGAAGAAAGAGCGAGUCAAGCGUGCUCUUGAAGAAAACCAGCUGAUUCCCUCUGACCUGCGCCGGGAGGCUCUAGCCUUACAGGGGUCCCUGGAGUUCGAUGAUGCUGGCGGCGAAGGUGUGACCAGCCAUGUAGAUGAUGAAUAUCGAUGGGCUGGGGUGGAGGAUCCUAAGAUCAUGAUCACUACCUCCCGAGACCCCAGUUCUCGCCUGAAGAUGUUUGCAAAGGAACUGAAACUGGUGUUCCCAGGUGCCCAGCGCAUGAACCGCGGUCGGCAUGAGGUUGGAGCACUGGUGCGGGCUUGCAAAGCCAAUGGGGUCACCGACCUGUUGGUUGUCCAUGAGCACCGAGGCACACCUGUGGGGCUCAUUGUCAGCCAUCUGCCCUUCGGUCCCACGGCGUACUUCACACUGUGCAAUGUGGUUAUGCGGCAUGACAUCCCUGACCUGGGCACCAUGUCAGAGGCCAAGCCUCACCUCAUCACUCACGGCUUCACCUCACGGUUGGGCAAGCGGGUGUCUGAUAUCCUUCGUUACCUGUUCCCUGUGCCCAAAGAUGACAGCCAUCGGGUCAUCACCUUUGCAAACCAGGAUGACUACAUUUCCUUCCGGCACCAUGUCUACAAGAAGACAGACCACCGCAAUGUGGAGCUGACUGAGGUUGGGCCUCGGUUUGAGCUCAAGUUAUACAUGAUUCGCCUGGGCACACUGGAGCAGGAGGCCACGGCAGACGUGGAGUGGCGCUGGCACCCCUACACCAACACUGCCCGCAAGAGGGUCUUCCUGAGCGCUGAGUAACCUGUGAGCUACUGGCCAGUCAGGAUGCGGACUUGGACUUCUGGGGCAGGGACUUGUCACAGACAGAUUUGCUAUUCCCACGUGGGGGCUGGAAGGAUCCAAAAUAAAUCCUCUGUCGUCAUGCUC